AUGCCGUCCAAGGGAAAUUCAUUCACGGAGUACGGCGAAAAGCCGAGCUCGCGACGGCCCGGAUUGCUGAAGAACCAACUGCGGCUGGUGCGGCGCGUGAUGCCGGACGGCAAGGCGCGCAAGGAGAUAGCUCCGGUGGAGGAGCAGCUAUCGUUCGAAAAAGGCUUCUUCCUCUUCAUCCGCGCCGUGCAGCUCCUCACACAGAACAACGCGGGCGUGAUUCUGGUGGGGCUGGCGGGGCCGUCGGGCGCGGGGAAGACGGCGUUCACGCACAAGGUGGCGGGCUUCAUGCCCUCCAUCGCCGUGCUCUCCAUGGACCACUACAACGUCGCCUCGCGCGUCAUCGACGGCAACUUUGACGAUCCGCGCAUCACGGACUACGAGCUGCUGCUGGAGAACAUCGAGGGGCUGCGGCGAGGCGAGGCGGUGCAGGUGCCCAUCUACGACUUCAAGUCCAGCCAGCGCGUUGGCUUCAGGGAGCAAGCAGUCCCCAAGUCGCGAGUGAUCAUCCUGGAAGGCAUUCAUGCGCUCAAUGAGCGCGUGCGGCCGCUGUUGGACCUGCGUGUGGCCAUCACGGGCGGGGUGCACUUCGACCUCGUCAAACGGGUACUGCGCGACAUUGACCGCUCGGGGCAGGCGCCUGAAAGCAUCAUCCAGCAGAUCUCUGAAACGGUGUACCCAAUGUACAAGGCGUUCAUAGAGCCGGAGCUGAAGACGGCGCACAUCCGCAUGGUGAACAAUUUCAACCCCUUCUCUGGCUUCCAGGACGCCACCUACCUCCUCAAGGCAAGCCCUGUUACAUUCGUGCAGUCGCGAGCAGAGGGCGAGGGGUGGGAGGAGCGGGUGAGGGGGGUGCUGGCAGGCGAGCACACGAGGGAGGAGGUGGAGACGUACGAGAUCUACCUGCUGCCGCCCGGGGAGGACAAGGACACGUGCCAGUCAUACCUGCGCAUGCGCAACCGCGAUGGGCGGUACUCGCUUAUGUUUGAGGAGUGGGUAACGGACGGCCCCUUUAUAAUCACACCACGCAUCACCUUCAGCGUUUCGGUGCGGCUGCUGGGCGGGCUGAUGGCGCUGGGGUACGAGAUAGCGCACAUCGUGCACCGCGAGUCCAUCGUGCUGAAAGAGCAGGGUGAAGCGAGCAGCGUGCUUUCCGUGAAGAUUGACAAGAUUGAGCAGCUCAAAGCCACUUAUGUGCAGGUGAGGGGGAGGGAGACUGUGUGGGCUGAUGGCGCUGGGGUGAUAGGCAAGGACCGCAAGCGCGUGAAGGAGGUGGCGGAGCAGCUGGGCAUGGAGGGGGAGGGGGGGUACAUCUCCCAUCCUUAUAUCGAGGAUAUUAAACUGCACCACCUCACGCAGGAGAUUCAGAGCAACCAGCCGUCCCCCCUCUCCUCCAACGCGCUCAAGGCGCGCCUGCGCAUAUCCGACGACAUUCUGCCCUUCAGCCCGCCUGUGGGCCCUCGCUUUGCCUCCCCCACCGCCUCCUCCUCUGCUGAAGCUGCCUCCUCCUCCUCCUGGUCUGCAGGUGGCCACAAGCUCGACAAAACCAAGAGCCUUGUAUCCAUGGGACAGGGAGACCCGUCUCCAGACAGCAUGCCAGCGCCUACAGCAGCGCUAGCCAAGGCGGAGAUCAGCACCAUGCGCUCUGCGUGCUCCGCGACAGCCGUGGAGCUGCUCAAGCUGGACGCCAGGUGGCAGGGAGAGGGGGACGGCAGCCACGCUGAGCAGCGGGGACGGGCGGUGGAGGCAAGCCCAGCGGAGCGUGGUGGUGGGAGAAGCGCGUUUCACAGGAGUGGUCAUCAAGCGCAGCGUGGUAAUGAGGAUAAUGUGGAGCAGCAGGAGGGGCAGCAGCAGCAGCAGCAAGUGGCGGUGGUGCUGUCGGCAUCAGCGGUUGCUCAGAUGCUGCAGAGCAACGAGUUGGUGGAGGGCAAGCUGGCGAGCAUCACACAGCAGAUGGACCGGCUGCUGCUGCGCUUGGAGCAGGGCGGGCAGGCAGGGCAGGCUCUGGCACGCAGCACUGGCAGCAGCAAACCACCUGCCUGCAGCCUUGCGAGUCGAGCUGAGGGGCAUGAGGACAAAGUGGCUGAGGGUGGUCCACAGGGGAAACAGGUUUCAAAUGGUGGCAACGCGGGGCAGAAUGGCGGAGUGUUUGUUCCGCUGGGGCAGGAUGGCGACAGAAGUGCGAGGGAGGGUGGGGGCGCAGGGAGCGCGCUGCAGAGGGACGUGAGUGCCGUGGCGGAGCAGCAGCGCCACAUGACUCGCCAGGCACUCGUCUACUGCAGCAUGAUGACUUCUGAGGCGCCUCUAAAGUCGUCUUGGACUUUUGGGCCAAGACACUCAUCUGCUGCAGCCGAUGGCUCAUCUGUGUGGGUCUUAUUGGUAAGCUGUGCUCGCCAGGAACGAGCGAGUUCACACGGAUGUAACAGCUGUAACGAGAUAUUGCAGUAUGCUCUGUAA